AAAAUGACUCCCUAUCCAUAGUCAGUCGUGACCUCUAUACCAAGGCCAGGAUACCAAGCUACAAUCGAAUCUAAAAUGGCGUCUUUAGCUGAGCAACUGCGUGCGUUAUCGAAUCCUGAACCAAGUCGUAUCGAUUUGGAUGAAGACGAAUUUGAUGUCACAAGAGCACAAACAAUCAAAAAGGCGAUCGACAGCGAAGACUUUGAAGAUCAAGAAGCCCCGGUCGCCAAUAAUUUACGUAAGAAAACAGCCACUUUGUUACAAGAUGUUGACAAGAAGUAUGCCGGGCACAAGAUUUCACGAGCUCAACUUGAAGCCUCACGAGGACACGACGCUGGUUCAGACGAAGAGGAGGAACAUGACGAAGAAGAGGAAUCGGAGAGUAACUCUGGUGAUUAUUUGAAUGGAGUUGGAAAACCAGAGGAUGAUGAUGAUAUCAACAGUAAGGAAGAUAAUACUGAUGGAAGUGAAAAUCAAGUGGAAGGUGUUACUUUUUCUGAUGAUAAUGAUGAUGAAAAUGUUGAUAAUGAUGAAGAAGACAGUCUACAUUCAGGAACUGAAAAUGAAAGUGAGGAAGAAUUCUCCAGUGCGGGUGAGGAUUCAGACAUUAAUGGAGCUGUUGGUAAAAGUGAUGAUGAUGAUAUUGAAGAAGAUGAAGACAUGGGUAAUAAUACCAUUCAACAGUUUUCCUCAACAAGUCUGAAAGAAGACAUUGAGAAAGGAACUGCUGCAAAACAUCAGCUCAGUUUGUGGGAUAGUUUCCUUGAGAUGCGUAUUCGACUACAGAAAGCUCUUUUGAUUGCCAACAGACUUCCACAGCAUGACCAGCAUGCAUCCUUAAAUUUCUCCGGAGACAAGAACUUAAAAGAAACCUAUAAAGAAGGGAGAAAAUCAGUAGCAAAACUUCUUGGAAAUCUUCUGUGGAUACAGGAAAAGCUACUGGACCAAAAUCCAGACACAAAGGACAUUUUAUACUCAGGAAAGGAGUCCAGCAAAAGCGCUGGUCAAAGAAGUGAUGAGGAUGAGGAAAUACCCAGUGAUACAGAAGAUGAGAAGAGUGAUAAUGAUGAUGAGAAGAGUGAUAAUGAUGAUGAGAAGAGUGAUAAUGAUGAUGAGAAGAGUAAUAAUGAAGAUGAUGAGGAUGAUAAUGCUGGCAACAAAGAUCAAGUAAAUGGUAAACAAACAGAAGGAAGCCUGAAGCUUCCAGCAAAAAGGAAACAUGAGUUGUCAGCAUCAGAAUAUGCAGAUUGUAUUUGUAAGCGGCAUGCUGCCCUUAAGGAUUUCAGAGACUCUACAAUAUCAAAAUGGAGUGAGAAAACUCGACUGGCUUCUGGAAAAAUUAACAGCAAGACUUUUGGUUCUUUUGACCGCUCUGCACUGGCACAGAUAAAUCAUAUUUUAUCUGAUAAAGGUCGUCUCACAAAACGCACUCAACUGAAAAGGACCUCAUAUAGAGUCUUAGGAAAGUCGGAAAAAGAGGAAAUCCAAGAUAUGGACUCAAACAAGGAACAGUCCGACUUGCAUUUAAAAGACUAUGAUGAGGAGAUAUUUGAUGAUGAUGAUUUUUACCAUCAGCUUUUGAGGGAAUUUAUAGAACAGCGAACCAGUGGAAACACUAAUAAUCCUAUUGAGAUGGGAAGGCAAUGGCUAGCACUUCAAAAACUACGAAGAAAAGUGAAAAAGAAAGUUGAUACGAAGGCCAGUAAAGGCAGAAAAAUUCGGUGAGUCUUAACUCUAGAGCCGCGAGAAAUAAUAAGCAUCUAGUUUCUCGUCAUAGAAUCACCCCUGAAUCAACCUGUAAAGUUAUGAGAAUUUGGAAAAUGAUCGCCAACUAAAGAUGCUCUCGAUUGCUAAACACAUUUUCCUGGUCAGUUUCAUUAGAAAUGUUUACUUAUUUUUUUUUUUUAAUGUUAACCUACUUCUGAAGCAGUCUAUAAGCGGAAAAAAUUAAAGGAAAGAGUCACUGAUACAGACCAUUUUUCAGUUCAGUUUCUCGUCUAUAUUACGUUCUGUGAUUGGUUGUUCAAACUCGGCCAACGUGUCAACCAGUCCGAUGCAAACUAAUCGCGCACCUGCGUUUUCCCGCGCUUAGAUGACCUGGCUCGUUUUUACUUCAAAU